CUUCUCUCCUAGCUAGCUGCCAUACCACAGCACGUAGUACGUUCUAGCCUCUUCUCCACUUAAUAGCUGUUAUGGAACAGACGAAUGUCAGGUUGCCCCAGCUGGCCAAGAUAGCAGCGCUCCUCCUCCUCUUCCUCCUCGUCCCCAUGGUGCCUCCUUCUCUGAGGGCCCCUUAUCUCUACCUCCUCUUCAACGCCCUCGUCGUCGGCCUUGGUGUCCAGGCCGGCAUCAUCUCCGUCUCAAGCCGGAGCAACUUAACAGCCCAGCCUCCUGCCCCUGCCCCUGCUGCUGCUGUAACUCCCAACCACCAUCACCACCUUGUCACUUCACAGCCGCCGAUCAUGGCGGCCCCCUUGCCAGGACGACUCAGGGAGGUAAAUCUGCUUGCAGAUCGUGGUGCUGUCAACAACGUCGUGGCCGUGGCCAAGAAACUGAAGGAGACGAUCAAGAAAGUCCCGUCCAGGGCGAGCAUCUUCUUCAUCGGGAGCCUGGACCCCCAUGACGCCGGCGAGGUCGUGGACGCGACGUCAAAGACGCUCCACGACAAGGAAGGGCGGCAAAGGUGCAAGGUAGACGCCUCCUCCGGGGAUCUCAUGAGCAAGCAGGAACUUUACGCCAAGGCCGACGCCUUCAUCGGCAACUUCUACAAGCAGCUCAAGAUGCAGAGGGAGGAGUCAUGGAACAAGCUGCAGGACCUGUGCAGCUACCACCACCACCACAACUACAAGGCCAAGGCCUUCUAGAGAUUCUCGAUCCAUGUACGUAUAUCUAGAGUCUAGAUGCAUGGCUAGCAUCUAUAUAUAUGUACGUGCAUGCAUAUGCAUGCAGAUAAACUGUGCAUGUUUGUUGGCACGUAGGGUAUACUGAGGACUGAGCUGAGCAGUGGAAGGAGCCCAGAGGAACCAACAGAUAUUACGUUGUUUGGUUCCUCAUUCUUAAUUUACCUUCAUCGACCCAUUGAUUUGUUUUGGGUUAGAAGAUCAUAGGAGUCCUUUCCCCUGAAGUAUAUAUAUGGACAGUCGUAUACACAUGUUCUUAACUAUAUGGCUCGUCUAUUGGUAAGUCACCUGAGUUUUCUAUUUGGUGUAAGUCAUUUUUCUUUUCACUCCGUGCUACUACUUUUUUCUCUAUCUACACAUGCAAGCUGGCAUAACGUUUUUCUCUAUCUAACCAUGUAUGGAAAAAUGUUUUCUAUAAAUUACUCUACUUAUAUUCAAUAAAUAUUUUUGCAACUAUACAUUAUACAUGAUCAAAUAUAGUAAGUCAUAUGUAUUUUUAAUUUGGUUCUUACGUUAUCCACCCAAAUUUUUAUUAAUCAAUUACCGCAGCAAGACGCAUGGUAUCUGUUGAACAUGCAAGUGUACAUGUACGUAGGUCUGGGUUUUGUAUGCCGCACCUGUAGUGUCUCUCUCCCUCUGUAUUUACUUGUAUCUU